AUGAAUGGGAUAAUUGACCCACCGGCAGGACGACCACCGCCAGUCGACAUCGACGCCCUCCUCGCCCAGCUCACCCUCCCUGAGAAGAUCUCUCUCCUCGCCGGCGCAGACUGGUGGACCACAACGCCAAUUCCGCGCCUCUCCAUCCCCUCGCUCAAAUUCUCCGAUGGCCCCAACGGCGCGCGGGGCGCGCAAUUCCACGCGGGCACAAAGGCAGCAUGUUUCCCAGCCGCAGUCUCCCUCGCCGCAACGUUCUGCGGGAACACCGCGUUCCGCGUGGGCGUCGCCCUGUCCAGGGAAGCCAAGACCAAAGGUGCGAGCGUGCUGCUCGCGCCGACAGUGUGCAUGCACCGCGAUCCGCGCGGCGGGCGUAACUUUGAGGCUUUCAGCGAGGACCCGUUCCUCGCGGGGACGCUGGCAUACUGGUACAUCUUGGGUCUCCAGUGGAGCGGGCGGGUCGGCGCGAGCUUGAAGCACUUUGCGCUCAACGAGGAGGACACAUUUCGAUAUACCAUGGACGUGCGAGUCGACGAGCGCACGCUGAGGGAGCUGUAUCUCCGGCCGUUUGAGAUUGCCGUGAAAGAGGCCCGGCCAUGGUGCGUGAUGACGAGCUAUAACCUCGUCGGAGGGAUGCAUGCGGACGAGCAUAAAGGGCUGCUGGAGGACGUGUUGAGAAAGGAGUGGGGAUUUAAAGGCGUCGUGCUGAGUGAUUGGGGCGGCACGAACAGCACGGCCGCUUCACUUGCCGCGGGCAUGGAUUUGGAGAUGCCAGGGCCGAGUCUGCAGAGGAAGGUUGCCGAUGUGAUCAAGGCGCUGGAGACGGCCGAGGCUGGGCUGACAGAAGAAAUGAUCAACACGAGUGCUAAGAGGGUACUGGAGAUGGUUCACCGCGCGGGCAAGUUUGCCGACCCUACGAUACCAGAUGAGCGAGCCCACGAUUUGCCAGAGACCAGGGAGUUGAUACGGCAGGUCAGCGCCGACGGGAUGGUUCUCCUCCGGAACGAGCACAACAUACUACCGCUCAGCACGAAAAAUCCAGGCAUCAAGUCGGUCGCCCUGAUCGGCAUGGCCAAAGAAUAUCUCGGUCACGGCGGCGGCUCCGCCAAGGUCAACAGCCACCGCAGGAUCACUCCCUUUGACGCCAUCACCGAGCUUCUCGCCGACGCCGACGUCAAAAUCAGCUACGUCGAGGGGGCGCGCAUCAUCCGCAACCUGCCCGUGCUAUCUCACUCGAUCGUCGACGAGGCGGGCAACCCGGGCCUCACGGUCCGCGUCAGCCUGCCCACGCGCGCAGAGGACGACCCGCUGAUAUACACAUCCCCUUCGGCAACCUUUGUGUCUCGCGAGCACCGUACUGCCACCCGCGUGGUGCUCACGGGCACUUUCACGCCGGCGGUCACGGGCAGGCACUACAUCAGCUUCACGACCGUGGGCAACAGCACGGUCAAGAUCGACGGCAGGGUCGUGUUCCAGGCCCGCGGCGCGGCGCCGGACGUCAUGGCGUACAUGCUCAGCACCGCCGAGGACGAGGUCGCGCGGCACGACUUUGUCGCGGGCCGGCGGUACGCCAUCGAGAUCGAGGCGCUGCCUGCGCUGGGCGCGGGCGUGUCCGUCUUCGCGCAGGGCGUGAUCGGCGUCACCCUGGGCUUCAUGGAGCAGGAGGAGCGCGAUGUCGUGCUGUUGCCUGACGCCGAGGCCGCGGCGGAGCAGGCGGACGUCAGUAUUGUCUUUGUCGGACACACCCCCACGUGGGAGACGGAGGGGUGCGACCGGCCGUCGAUGAACUUGCCCAAGGACGGGUCAUUGGACCGGUUGAUUGGCAGUGUUGCUGUUGCGGCCAGGAGGACACGCGGGGAAGAAAAGAAGGUGAUUGUGGUCAACUCGACGGGGUCGCCCAUCGCGAUGCCCUGGAUUGACGACGUCGAUGCAGUGCUGCAGACGUGGUUCCCGGGCCAAGAGGCUGGAUAUGCCAUUGCAGACGUGCUCUUCGGCCGGGUCUCGCCGGGCGGGAAACUACCCAUCACAUUCCCCAGGAGCAUCGAGGUGGCUCCGACAUAUGGCAAUUUCCCCGGGGAUCUGGACAAGAGGAUCGUCAACUACGAGGAGGGCGUCUUUAUGGGAUACCGGCACUACAUUGACCAUCCGGACGAUGUGCUCUACCCCUUUGGCUACGGUCUUUCCUACACGACUUUCGAGAUUGCCGACAUUCGCCUCGUAGACACAAACACUACUAGGGGUGAUGCGUCCUCUACCAUUCGGGUCACAGCCAGAGUCACGAAUACUGGCAGAAUGUCCGGCGCAGAGGUCGUCCAGGUCUAUGUCGGGGCUGUCAACCCUUCACUAAGCAGGCCGAAGAAGGAGCUCGCUGGGUUCUCCAAGGCCAGACUGGCGCCUGGUGAGUCUAUGGAGGUGCGAGUCUGGUUUCGUGCGCGGGCACUGUCGUACUGGAAUGUGGCGAAGCACAAGUGGUCGGUGGAUGCGGGCGAGUAUGUGCUGUUUGUGGGGAACUCGUCUGUCAGCGUUUUGGAGACACUGGCAUUCACUGUUGGGCAGAGCUUCGAUAUAGAAGUGUAA